UUUAAAAAUAAGCUGUAUAUUUAUAGAUCUUCACAGUACAUCAGCAUUCUCAACGUAAAAUACAAACACCGGAAACAAUAUCUACACUACGUACAUCGUUAGACUACAGAUGUAUAUGAGAUUAUAUUUUAAAAUUAUUCUGUUCUAAUUUAAAUGGCAGAAGCAUGGGGGAAGCUUCACCUCCCAUCACAUCCUCAGAUUGUGACCGCUCAAGCCUCUCCGCCUCACGUUCCCCGCCCACACCUCGUUCACGCAGCAAACACCAUUUCCACCCAACCAGAACUCCUCACGUGUUCCACCGUCCAUCCGCCUCCCAGCCAUAACGCCGACCACACAUACUCCCUCCCGCACCGAACUCCCCGGCGCGCGCCACGUUCCUUUGGUCGCCACGUCAUCCCACUGACAUGCGGGCCCCGCACCCGCUGCCCAGGGUUCGCGUCCUCCUCAAAUGCCCCCACCCGGCCACCCAUCGCCUCCCCCACCUCCGCACAAACUCGUCGCUUCCGCUCCACAGGAUCCUCUGCGCCACCCACAACCGUGCGACCGUCCGUGCUGCCGGCGACCCCGAUCCGCCGACCCGUCCCGUCCCACCACACCCUACCGCCGCUCGCAGCUAUGUCGCCGUCGGAGCCGACGCGGGAGGAGAGCGUGUACAUGGCCAAGCUGGCAGAGCAGGCGGAGCGGUACGAGGAGAUGGUCGAGUUCAUGGAGCGCGUCGCGCGCUCCGCCGGCGGCGCCGGCGGAGGGGAGGAGCUAUCCGUGGAGGAGCGCAACCUGCUGUCCGUCGCCUACAAGAACGUCAUCGGCGCCCGCAGGGCCUCGUGGCGGAUCAUCUCCUCCAUCGAGCAGAAGGAGGAGGGCCGCGGGAACGAGGCGCACGCCGCCUCCAUCCGCGCCUACCGCUCCAAGAUCGAGACCGAGCUCGCCCGCAUCUGCGAUGGCAUCCUCGCCCUGCUCGACUCCCACCUCGUCCCAUCCGCCGGCGGCGCCGAGUCCAAGGUCUUCUACCUCAAGAUGAAGGGUGACUACCACAGGUACCUUGCUGAGUUCAAGUCUGGUGCAGAGAGGAAGGAUGCUGCGGAGAGCACCAUGAAUGCCUACAAAGCUGCUCAGGACAUUGCUCUUGCAGAUCUGGCUCCAACCCACCCCAUCAGGCUUGGCCUCGCUCUCAACUUCUCAGUGUUCUACUACGAGAUCCUGAACUCCCCUGAUCGCGCCUGCAACCUUGCAAAACAGGCCUUCGAUGAGGCGAUCUCUGAGCUAGACAGCCUGGGAGAGGAGUCCUACAAGGACAGCACUCUGAUCAUGCAGCUCCUGCGCGACAACUUGACCCUAUGGACUUCCGACACCAACGAGGAUGGCGGCGACGAGAUCAAGGAUGCUGCUGCCCCGAAAGAAUCCGCGGAGGGUCAGUAAGAUGGAUUCAGUCUCACGACCUGCUGCUGCUGAUGUUGAGGAGUGACCAGAACCAGAACCGCCGUCCUCGAUUCUGAUAGAUUAUCUUCUAGUAUACCUUGUGUUGUUGCUGUUGUUGUCGUCGUCGCGCCGGUGUAUGCGAUGAAGCUGCCAUUGCUGCUGUUUUAAUUAAGCAUUCUAGAUGUUAUACCGCAUGCUUUGUUUCGGUUUCUAUGUCGAUAAAUGGUGGCCGGAUGCUGGUUUUCGUGCUCCGAGCCGGCCACCAGGAAGAAGACCUGCCUGCCCUUGUGGGUGCAGCGUUGUUAGAAUGACCUACGGUGUAUUUGACUUUGACAGGCCUGCUGCCUAGUGGACUGAUAUUCUGUUAUGCGCAAAGCUAUUUGGCUUGAUGUCUCAGAAUAUUCUUAA